AUGACAUUAAAAUUCGCCGACUUCGCCGAUCUCCUAGAUCAGCUCGAGUGCGCUCCGCUUCAGAGAGUCAUCACCCAUAACCGAGCAAUCGAUCCUGCCAUCCAGGUCGUCAGGACAUGGUUCCGAGACCAUGACGUCCAAAUCCCUCGACACGGCCCAGCAGCGGUAGCACUUCUGUCAUGUCUGUUCCCCGAGCGCCUGCCGCACCGGAGCUACAACGUUCGCGAAGCGUCCCUGAGUCACAUCCUUCCGCGUUGUCUGUUACUCGGAAGUGGCCGCGCGAGGCUUCUGCGUGACUGGGCGACCGACACCAGGGACUUUGCGCAGAUCGUCGGGGAUCUGGUGGCUGAAACUGAGGACAAGGCCAGGGAUGGGACUCUCACGGAUCGGCGACAGGUAACGGUCGAGGAGGUCGAUGCGGCGUUGCUUGAGCUUGCCUCAAAUUCUCCUUACUCGGCGGCCAGGGUUUGUGAGUCUGCAAGUGGGAGAUCGGCAGCUGCGAUCCUCACACCUUUGCUCAGGGUCAUGACGAGCAACGAGGCCAAGUGGUUCACGCGGCUGAUCUUCAAGGACUUCAAAACUAUCAGGAUUCCUGAGCCGGUGACAAUGGAUGCAUUUCACUUCCUGUUGCGGGACGUACUCAGGGUGGUGAACGACUUGGAGACGGCUGCAGAGAUCCUUGGUACAGACUGUGGUAGUGUUUGGUCCCAUACGACAAGCGCGGUCGAAGCAAGGGCCUUGAAAGCCAGAGCGGCUGAGUUGAUUGGGCCACGGGUCGGUACGAUGUUGUCGAGAACGCCAUUCGAAAAGGCAAGAGGUUUCAACCACGCCGUCAAGCUGGCAAAGAACAGAAUCAUGAGUGUCGAGAGGAAGUAUGAUGGCGAGUAUUGCCAAAUUCACAUUGAAAGGGACCAGGUUUCGGGCAACUACACCAUUCAAAUCUUUUCGAAAAGCGGCAAAGAUUCAACCAAGGACCGUCAACGACUACAGCGAGCCAUCAGAAAAGGACUGGAUCUGGGCGGGCCAAAUUGCAGAAUCAAGUCCAAAGCGAUCCUGGACGGCGAACUAUUAGUUUGGAGUCGAGCCACAAAGGCGGUUGAGCCGUUUCAUAAGAUCAGGAAGCACGUUAUGCAUGGAGGCAGGUGGCUUGGUACUGAGAAUGAUUCUCCGCGAAAAGAGCAUGAGCAGCUCAUGAUCGUGUUCUACGAUGUUCUUUUGCUCGAUGAUAAAAUCUCACCGCAAGCAUCACACGAAGACCGGCGGCGGCAUCUGAAGAGGAUGGUGACGACGAUUGAGGGCAUCUCAGAUAUUGUGGAACGGCAACUGAUCGACUUCAGUCAAUUCAGAGACGCAAGGGCAUGCAAGCGUCGUCUCCGCGAGAUCUUUGCUCAUGCGAUCAGCAGCAGAUGGGAAGGUCUCGUACUCAAGGGCAAAGACGAUCCGUAUCAUUCGUUGGAUGACACCCGCCCGCCGCCUGUAUUUAAGCUGAAGCGUGAUUACCUGGCUCAGCUCGGUGACUCAGCCGAUCUGUGUAUCGUCGGCGCCAGACAAGAUGCAGCGCGCGACACGUCCAGCGUGCGUCAAUGGAAUUGCUUCUACCUGGCCUGCCUGCACAACAAGGAGGCUGUUGAACGGUACGGAAGAAAGCCAGUCUUCCGAGUCGUGGAUCGAAUCUAUGCCGGGGUCAAGGCAAUACCACCAGAAUGUCUCCAACUCCUCAACACUCGUGGUGAAGGCCAGGUCGUCGAUUUCGACAAUCAUGGAGAUCUGUGCGAGGUUGAAAUGAUGAUCUCAGGAGCCACGCCGGCCGUGCUCUUCAAGGAGCCUUAUAUUGUGGAGUGCUUGGGAGCGGGAUAUGAUAAGAAUAGCAACUGCAACUUCUGGACGCUACGAUUCCCAAGAGUGACGAAAAUCCACCUUGAUCGGACAAUCGUCGACACGCAAAGCUACCAGGAGCUACAACAGGCUGCUGUCCAGGCUCAUGCCGGACCUGUUGAAAGAGAUUCGGAAGAAGUUCAGCAUUGGCUCGAACGCCUUGUGAAAGUGGAUGGAAAGAAGAGCGCGGCUGCUGACAAACUCAAUACGCAAAGCACUGUCUCGCCUGGUCGCACACCGCAGAGCGCAGCCGCGAUCAGCCUCUCGCCAGUCUCGAGUCGCAAGGGUCCUCGGCCGCAAAUCUUCACGGAUCCUGUCGAGUUUCCUCCGGGUUGUCAGCCAUAUCGGCGGAGCAGUGCUUCUCAGACCACGGCGACAACCGUGACGAAAACGCCUUCUACGACAAGGACCUCAGCGAGUCAGCCUGCGCGGUCUGUGGGCCUUUCAAGUGUUCCUGGAAACUCAUCCAUCUUGGAUGCAUCGCAGCGACAAAGCCCACCGCCAUCUUCGCCGACGCCCAUGGAGCCUCCGCGCGGAAAGCGGCGAGCUAUGCAUACAAGUCCCGUUGCAGGAGCCAACAAGCGACAGCGAACGACCACCGAGGGUUGGACCAUUUUGCAAACGCCUUCUCCAGCGAAGGAGUGUAUCGACCUGACACAUUCUACGCAAUCUCCGCCUCCAUCGCCAGCAGCGAGGCGGACCAAUGUCGUGCUAGCCAGAACGAACGCGCGAGAUCCGUUGACAGUAAGAGUUCCCAGCUUGCAGUCCACUACUCCUCCUCCAUCAUCCCCGAUUGCUGUACCGCUUUCUCUCCUUGGCGCGUCACGCACCGACACCGACUUUGAGACAAGAAGGCGACCAAGCGCGAUUUGCAUUGACGGCGCAUCCGAAAGCCCUCCCAGACGGACGAGUAUGAGUAGUGUCAGCAGCGAGAGGCCACCGCUAGCUGAGAUGCCGAGUCAAAGCCCCGUACAGAGAGUACCUCCCCCUUCUGCAUCUGGGACAAGAGCACGCGAGCCGCACGUUACCGGAAAAGGCAAGACCAUGAAGUCCAAACUAUCUAUCUCCGAGUCCACAAAGAACUCGGAGCCAAACCUUGCCACGACUGGGCCUGAUCCACCAACACGCAUGCCAACUCCGCCCAGCACGGAAGAGGCGGCGCGCAAAGAAGAGGCAACUCGCCAGGACACAGCACGACAACCUCCACAGCAGACCGCGCAGCUAGAGCAAGCACGGACGGGAGACACAAUCCUUGAUGAAGCAGUUGCAGCACCCUCCGACAAACGUGCACCGGCACCAUCGAACCAUUCGGCAAAGCGAGUCCAAAUUGAAGUGCCUAAUGCAGGCCGGAUGUCCCAUAGCGAGCGAGUGCUCCCACGGUCUCAAGAGGCGGCUGACCAUCAUGGUCGGCCUUCACCCGACACAAUUCGGCCUGCAGACACCGCUAUCCUUCCCACCGGUCCAUCGAAGUCUGACCUUGCCACGCGCGAGCGGAUGCGUGUAUCCCUCAGCACGAACUCGGCGAAUCCCAUGUCGAUGCUCCUGUCCGGUAGCAUUCUUUCCUCCGACCAGUCAGCAGAAGGCAUUCUCAACCCACUCUCCGAAUCUACCGGGACCUUCACGUUCUGCCGCAGCACCUUCGUUGCGAACGCGUUGAACGCAAACCACACCGAUUCAGUGAUGCUCAUUGACGCAGCCAACCAGGACGCCGCAGCCAAGGAUAUCUGGGAUCUGGGGAUAGCGGCUGCCAAGCUGGCAAACCAUCGUCAGGCCGACGGGCGCUGGGAAAGAGAGGUGCGGAGGAGGGUGGCGCUCGUCGUGCUGGAUUGGCGUGUCUUGACGUGUGACCGCUGCGUAUGCCUGCGGCUGUCGUCGAAGCGCGAUAUUCCUGCCGCCGAUGAUGCAACACCGAUGCAGCAUUCGGACAGGGGGCGAGCAAGCGCUGCUGACGCUGCAGACCACGGAAGCUGUUUCAAGUUCCCCGAUGGCGGCCACUUCCGCGAACAUUUCGUCUGUCAGGUCGUGCUGGGUCCGGACAUUGUGGAUGAGAAUGGGGCCUUGGCUGCUUCGGUGGAGUGGAAGGAGUAA